AUGUCCAAUUCCUUUCUUCCCCCCAUCCCCUUCCCUGCUUCUCCCCAUCCCCUUCCCUUCUUCCCCCCAUCCCCGUCCUUGCUUCCCCAAGUUCCCUUCCCUACUUCCCCCCAUCCCCUUCCCUUCUUCCCCCUAUACCUUUACUUGCUUCCCCCCAUCUCCUUCCCUGCUUCCUCCCAUCCCUUCCCUUCUUCCCCCCAUCCCAUUACCUGCUUCCCCCCAUCCCCUUCCCUGCUUCCCCCCAUCCCCUUCCCUGAUUCCCCCCAUCCCCUUCUUUGCUUCCCACCAUCCCCUUCCCUGCUUCCCCGUGUCCCCUUCCUUGCUUCCCCCCAUCCCCUUCCCUGCUUCCCCAUGUCCCCUUCCCUGCUUCCCCCCAUCCCCUUCCCUACGUCCCAACAUCCCUUUCCCUGCUUCCCCCCAUCCCCUUCCCUGCUUCCCCCCAUCCCUUUCCCUGCUUUCCCCCAUCCCCUUCCCUUCUUUCCCAUGUCCCUCUCUCUGCUUCCCCCAUGCCGUUCCCUUCUUUCCCCCAUCCCUUUACCUGCUUCCCUGUGUCCCCUUCCCUGCUUCCCCGUGUCCCCUUCCCUGCUUCCCCGUGUCCCCUUCCCUGCUUCCCCCCAUCCCAUUCCCUUCUUUCCCAUGUCCUUUUCCCUGCUUCCCCCCAUCCCCUUCCCUGCUUUCCCAUGUCCCUUUCCUUGCUUCCUCCCAUCCCCUUCCCUGCUUCCCCCCAUCCCGUUCCCUUCUUCCCACCAUCCAUGUACCUGCUUCCCCCCAUCUCCUUCCCUGCUUCCUCCCAUCCCCUUCCCUUCUACCCCCCAUCCCUUUACAUGCUUCCCCCCAUCCCCUUCCCUGCUUCCCAACAUCCCCCUCCCUGCUUCCCCAUGUCCCUUUCCCUGCUUUCCCCCACCCCCUUCCCUUCUUCCCCCCAUCCCUUUACCUGCUUCCCCAUGCCCUUACACCAACACCAUGUCCCCUUCCCUGCUUCCCCGUGUCCCUUUCCCUGCUUCCCCCCACCCCCUUCCCUGCUUCCCGAUUUCCCUUUCCCUGCUUCCCCCCAUCCCCUUCCCUGCUACCCCCCAUCCCCUUCCCUGCUUCCCCCAAUCCCCCUCCCUGCUUCCCCAUGUCCCUUUCCCUGCUUCCCCCCAUCCCCUUCCCUGCUUUUCCAUGUCCCUUUCCCUGCUUCCCCCCACCCCCUUCCUGUUGGUGUAA